AUGUGGAAGAUAAUAGCGUUGUGUACUAUGGGCAUAGCUGCCGAUAAUGUUAUUAACGAUAUGACUUCUUACGAGAAUUACAAAGUCUUCAGGAUUCGGCCGGAUAAAUACCUGCAGUUGGAAGUACUUCAAGCUUUGAAAAACUCGAACGAAUUCCGUUAUUGGCAAGAACCAAUUGGGUUAGGCAAAGAAGUGCAUAUUCUGGUACCUCCGCACAAACUCACGCAUUUCUAUGAAAUUAUGAACGAUUAUAACAUGUUCCAUAUACUCCAAAUUCGUAAUGUUCAAGAACUAAUCAACAAUACAAUGUCCCAGAGUCAAUCACAGAACUUUGAUUUUAAUAGCUAUCAUACUCUUGAAAAAAUCUACGAUAAUUUAGACGAACUGGCCAAGAGAUAUCCCGGUCAAGUGCAGGUUAUCGUGGGUGGCAGAUCAUACGAAGGACGCGAGAUCAAAGGCGUAAAAGUCUCAAUGUCUAAUAAAACGAGACCCGGAAUUUUCAUCGAGGGCGGUAUACAUGCCAGGGAAUGGAUUUCGCCGGCAACUGUUAUGUACAUUUUGCAUCAAUUAUUAUUUAGUAAUGAUACGAAUGUAAGAUAUGUAGCUGACAAUCAUAAUUGGUUUAUUUUCCCAAUAUUCAAUCCUGACGGAUAUGUGUACUCGUUUACUAAGGAUCGAUUAUGGACGAAAAAUCGCCAACCGUCUAGUUCUUUCUGUACUGGAUCGAAUCUUAAUAGAAAUUGGAAAUUUCAAUGGAGUACUGCUGGCGUCAGCAACGAUCCUUGCAGCGAAGUUUAUCCUGGAGGAAGGCCAUUCUCAGAACCAGAAACGAGCUACAUGUCUCAUUAUAUAAGAUCUAACCAUUUUUACGCGUACAUCUCGUUCCACAGCUAUGGGCAGCAAUUGCUGUAUCCUUGCAGUUAUUUAAAUGUCCCCCACUAUGUAAUAUUGUAUCAGAUCAACUCGAUAGCAAUUGAAGCUCUUAAAAAGGAAUACAAUACUCAAUAUGAGACCGGAUGUAUUACCAAGUUCCAACUUUUAUCGGGUGGUCUUAGUACAGAUUACGUCGCAAAUGUUGUCGGCAUACCCUUUGUAUACCUCUACAAAUUGCAUGAUAAAAAUGAAUAUGGCUUCUUGUUACCAUCCAAGCAAAUCAUUCCGACUGGAAAGGAAACUUUUGACUUUUUUAUAGCUAUAUGUAAUGAGACAUUGUCAUAUUAUUAUAAUUUGCCAAAUGCAACUGAUUCUUGA